CUGGGAAAUGUGGCCCAAGGCCAAGGCAGACACUGGGCUGUAACUCCUAGUCCCUCCCCGUCCUGGGCCGCUGGAAAGCUGACUGCAAGCAAACUGCUGGGGGCAGAAAUGGCUGCCAGCCGCCGAGGUCUCAGCAGAGCUUUGCACUCUUCUCCCUGCCCCGCUUGGAAACGAGCUCAGCCUGGAGCCAAGCGGCGCCUGAAACCCGAGUACGAUGCUGUGGUGAUAGGAGCAGGACACAAUGGGCUGGUGGCUGCAGCAUACCUCCAGAGACUGGGGGUGAACACUGCGGUCUUCGAGAGGCGCCAUGUGAUUGGGGGUGCAGCUGUCACUGAGGAGAUCAUUCCAGGAUUCAGGUUCUCCCGGGCAUCCUAUCUCCUCAGCCUCCUGAGGCCGCAGAUUUUCACAGACCUGGAGCUGAAGAAGCAUGGGCUGAGGCUUCACCCCAGAAAUCCCUACUCCUUCACCCCCAUGCUAGAGGAGGGCACACUGAGCAAGGCACCCAGGUCCCUUCUGCUGGGCACAGACAUGGCUGAAAACCAGAAGCAGAUCUCUCAGUUCUCACAGAAGGAUGCUCAGGCCUUUCCCAGGUACGAGGAGUUCAUGAGACGCUUGGUGUUAGCCAUCGACCCCCUGCUGGAUGCUGCCCCACUGGACUUAGCAGCCUUCCAGCAUGGCUCCCUAUUACAGAGACUCAGGGCACUGUCCACACUGAGGCCCCUGCUGAAGGCAGGACGCACCCUGGGAGCCCAGCUCCCCCAGUACUACCAGGUCCUCACAGGCCCCAUCUCCAAGGUACUAGACCACUGGUUUGAGUCUGAGCCUCUAAAGGCUACUCUGGCAACAGAUGCUGUGAUCGGAGCCAUGACAAGUCCCCACACUCCAGGGAGUGGGUAUGUGCUGCUUCAUCACGUGAUGGGGAGCCUGGAGGGGAUGCAGGGCGCCUGGAGCUACGUCCAGGGUGGCAUGGGUGCCCUCUCUGAUGCCAUUGCAAGCUCAGCUACUGCCCAUGGAGCAAGUAUCUUCACAGAAAAGACUGUGGCUAAGGUGCAGGUGAAUGGUGAAGGCCACGUUGAAGGAAUCAUACUGCAAGAUGGCCAGGAGGUGAGGAGCCGAGUCGUCCUGUCCUGUGCCUCGCCACAGGUCACCUUCUUGGAGCUGACACCACAGGAGUGGCUUCCAGAGGCCUUUGUGAAGAGAAUCUCCCAGCUGGACACACAGUCUCCUGUUACCAAGAUCAAUGUGGCUGUGGACAGGCUUCCAAACUUCCGGGCAGCCCCCAAUGUUUCCAGGGACCAGCCACAGCCACAUCAUCAGUGUUCCAUCCACCUGAACUGUGAAGAUACCCUGGUCCUCCACCAGGCCUUUGAAGAUGCCAAGGGUGGCCUGCCUUCCCAAAGACCUAUGAUUGAACUCUGCAUCCCUUCAUCACUGGACCCCACCCUGGCUCCUCCCGGCUGCCAUGUUGUCUCCCUCUUCACUCAGUAUACACCCUACACUCUGGCAGGAGGCAAGAUCUGGGAUGAGCAGGACAAAAACAACUAUGCAGACAAAGUGUUUGACUGCAUCGAGGCUUACGCCCCCGGCUUCAAGAGUUCUGUGCUGGCCAGAGACAUCCUAACCCCUCCUGAUCUAGAGAGAAUCUUCGGGCUUCCUGGAGGGAACAUAUUCCACGGUGCCAUGUCCCUGGACCAGCUCUACUUCGCCCGUCCAGUGCCCCAAUACUCCGGCUACAGAUGCCCUAUCCAGGGCCUGUACCUCUGCGGAAGUGGGGCCCACCCUGGAGGAGGCGUCAUGGGAGCAUCUGGACGGAAUGCAGCCCACGCAGUCUUCAGGGACCUCAAGAGCAUGUGAUGCUGGACCGACUCUGGCCCUGGGAGAAAAGCUUUCCCUGUACUUGGGAGCCGCCUAUCAGGCCACCUGCCCCUGAUGCCCUGCUUGGAAGGAUACCACUGGGGACAACUGCAUCAACAAGGCACCAUUGAGCUGAACCAGGGCCUGAGUUACAGGUUAGCACAGCUUCACCUGUGUCCCAGGCCUUAUGGGCUGC